AUGCUUCUCCUACCCUCAUCAAUGUAUAAACUUACCGUAAUGAAUAUGACAACUGCUGCCAUCGAACAAACCGAUACGAUAUUCCGAGCCGCACUGAUUUUAGAAUGGAUUCUUAUCAGUAUUGGAUUCGGAGAGACCAUGCUACUUUGGUAUCUACUCAGGUACACCAGACAGUAUCAUCGGAAUCUGGCCAUGAUUGUUGAGCAAUUGCCAAAUCAAUACUUCCCAUCGUUGAUAGCGAGAAUGUACAUGAUUUAUAAACAGUUGACCAUACCCAACACUGCCGAGUUAAUACAAGACGAAUCGUUUUUAUUUGCUGUUUGGCUCCGGAAUUCUCUACUUUUCGUUGCAUUCUACUUUGCGCCAUUUCCAGUUAUUGAGCGCUGUUUUGCAACGAUUUAUAUGCAGGAUUACGAAACCAAAAAACGUCGAUGGAUAUCCUACCUUCUCAGCACUAUUCUUUACAUCAUUGCCUUCGUUUCUGCUCAAUUUUUCAUUUUCGGCUCGUCGUGUCGGGAAAUUCACAUUUUCCUGAUUACCGGUUUCAAUUUGGUGGCUUUUGUGCUAACAUUUAUCAUGGAGAGAUACAAUAAAAAGCAGUAUGCAGUAUUACGAAAAAACGAGAACAGCGACUAUUCGUUGAGUGUCAGAGCUCAGUUGUCGGAAAAUAUUAAUAGUACUUUGCCCUUCAAAGUAAUGUGCUUCUCCAUCGCAUUCUUCGCUUCUCUUUGUACUUCAAUGCUCCACGUGGAUGAAUGGACCGAGUCUCAAACAAUUAGAAAUUGGGUUUAUAUUGCAUUCAACUUCAGCUGUUGGUCCUAUGGAACACUUGUCCCGUUCUUCAUGCUGGCUUACAAUCCGUUAUGGCAGAAAGAAUUGAAGAGGUUGAUUAGAAAAUUCUGCUGCUUCUGCAUUCCAAACCGCGUAGCUGCUGAUCCGGCAGUUCGAAAAAAGAAGACUCAAAAAGUGAAGGAUACAUUUGGAAAUAAUUGUUUGGUGGAUGACACUGAGCACACGACUAUCUACUUUUCACAAUUAAAUGCUGAAUGGAAUGCUCCAUCGGAAUCAGAGAAGAAAUGUGAGAAGAAGAAAAAGAAAAGGGACAGUAAGACGACGGAAGGGCUAUCUGUUCCAAGUCAAGUUUCUCCGAGGUCUAUUUCCAAUGGUUCGGUUGCUUCGAGGCAGGAUUUGGCAUGA